GGUGUUGGAAACGGGCGUUAGUUCGUCACUUCUGGGCGGGAAAUCUCUGCUAACACUCGACCAGAAAGUUUGUAAAGAAAUAAAAAUGUUUCCUUUCUUGUUCUUGGCGUACGUAGUCGCUGUAAAAGUAUUCAAGAAGACCACUCCUAAUGGCAAGGUGACGGUGUACCUUGGCAAACGGGAUUUCAUCGACCACAUAGACACGGUCGAUCCCAUCGACGGAAUCGUCGUUAUCGAAAAUGACUAUCUGCAGGGACGAAAAGUUUACGGCCAGGUAGCGACAACGUACCGAUAUGGUCGCGAAGAGGACGAAGUGAUGGGAGUGAAAUUCAGCAAGGAAAUGAUCCUCUGCCGGGAACAAGUUGUACCGAUGAAGAAGGAGAAACAGGAAACAACACCGAUCCAGGAACGUCUCCUGAAGAAACUCGGUCCGAACGCGUAUCCCUUCACUUUCCAGUUCCCUCAAAAUUCUCCGAGCUCCGUGACCCUCCAACCCGGCGACGACGACCAAGGCAAACCCCUCGGAGUUGAUUACGUCGUUAAAAUUUACGUCGGUGAGAACGAAGAGGACAAGGGCCACAAACGUUCCUCGGUUACGUUAGCCAUCAAGAAACUGCAAUUUGCACCACCGACUCGAGGACGCAGACUACCGAGCUCCCUCGUUUCCAAGGGAUUCACCUUCUCCCAGGGUAAACUCAAUCUCGAGGUGACUCUCGACAAGGAAAUCUACUACCAUGGAGAAAAAGUAUCGGCGAACGUCAUCAUAACGAACAAUUCUCGCAAGGCUGUCAAAAAUAUAAAGAUCUUCGUCGUCCAACACUGCGAGGUGACGAUGGUCAAUGCUCAAUUUUCGCGUCACGUUGCGAGCCUGGAGACCCGCGAAGGAUGCCCGAUCACACCUGGAGCUUCCUUCACCAAGCAAUUCUAUCUCGUGCCUCUGGCCAGCAGCAACAAAGAUCGCCGUGGUAUUGCCCUCGAUGGACAUCUCAAGGACGAUGACGUAAAUCUCGCUUCCUCGACUCUCGUCGCCGAAGGCAAAUGCCCGGCUGAGGCAAUGGGUAUCGUCAUUUCUUAUUCCGUUCGCGUGAAACUCAACUGCGGUACCCUCGGCGGCGAACUGGUUACCGAUGUGCCGUUGAAACUGAUGCACCCUGCCCCCGGUACCGCGGACAAGGAAAAAGCCAUGAUGAAGAAGAGCAAGAGCAUCGACCGUGCGCGCUAUGAAAAUUCGUGCUACGCGAACGACGACGACGACAACAUCGUCUUCGAGGAUUUUGCCCGGCUCCGUCUCAACGAGCCGGAAUAAAUUACAAUCAUCGAUCGACGAGCGCAUAUGAGAGAGAGAGGAAAGAUUAGAAAAGCAACGAUAAAGACCAUCGUCAUUCCGCGAUCCGAUCGAUCCGAAGGGACACAAAAUAAAAUUGAUGCGCCUCGAACACCAAGCUCGCAUCGGAGGUCGCUUUCGGAUCGAUCGGAUUAGGCAACCAUCGGAGAACGUCGAAUUAAAAACACAAGGGUCAAUCAAAUACUUGAAAAUAUCAAUGAGAACGAGAAAUCGUAAUAACAAUAAUCUGAAACAUUUACGAAAUAGAUUCGAUUAAUUUUGACAUUGUGCGUUUGCGAAAGCUUAUUUAACAAUUAUAAAUUGAAGAAAUUCAUUAUGAAAAUAAAUGAAAAAAUGUGUUGGAAAAAAAAAAUUAAAAAAUACAAAAAAAAUGGCAAAAUGAGAAAAGAAAACUCCGAGCCUUGUCGUGCUCAUUUAUAAUUUUCAUUCGAUGGUGGUGGUCGGAUGGAAAUUUGUCCGCUGCACGAACGAGCUACCAAAAAAAUGCAAAUCUCAAGUAAGCUUUGUUAAAAUGCGUCUUAUUAUCUUUGAAGAAAAAAAAAGUUAUUCAAAAAAAAUAUUUCCCGUCAAACCAGAAGUGACAUAUAUUUUAUUAGUUGUAAUUUAUUUCUUGUAUUUAUCACACAAUAAUGUGGUAUUGUUUGUUGAUGAUGCAAUGCUGUUAAUUCCUUGUAUCGUUGAGUCAAACUGCUGUAUAGUAGAAUGAAAUAAAAUUUGAACGAAACGAUACAAUUGAAAA